CAAUUGUACGCUCCCUCAAAACUUGAGACAUCUGUGGCAUUGUGUUGUGACAAAACUGCACAUUUUAGAGUGGCCUUUUAUUGUCCCCAGCACAAGGUACACCUGUGUAAUGAUCAUGCUGUAUAAUUCUUGAUAUGCCACACCUGUCAGCUGGAUGGAUUGUCUAGGAAAAGGAAAAAUGCUCACUAAUAGGGAUAUAAACACAUUUGUAGACAAUUUGAGAGAAAUAAGUUUUUUGUGCAUAUGGAACAUUUCUGGGAUCUUUCAUUUCAGCUCAUGGAACCAACACUUUACAUGCCAAGAUGAUUACGAUCGUUUGAGGCCACUCUCAUACCAGAAUGCCAACCUGGUGUUAGUUUGUUAUGAUGUGACCAACCCCACCAGUUUUGAAAAUGUCUUAAUCAAGUGGUACCCGGAAGUGAACCACUUCUGUCGCGAUGUUCCUGUCAUUCUGAUUGGCUGUAAGACUGACCUGAGGAAGGAUAAGGAGCGUACCAGGAGGCUAAAAGCCAUGGACCAGGCUCCCAUCACUUACACACAGGGUGAGGAGACCAGGCGGCAUAUGAGUGCUGAGCUUUAUCUAGAGUGUUCAGCCAAAUACCGGGAGAACGUAGAGGACAUUUUCAGAGAUGCCACCAAAAAAGCCCUGGCAUCAAGCCGCAGAGCAAGACAACGUACGAAGAAGAGGCAUUGUGUCAUCCUGUGACCUCGUUCUAGUGAAAGGACAGAGGCUUGAAGUCCAUUGACACAACAGGGGACACUGUCCUCUGGUCUUACAUGCCAAAGCUACACAUUCUGCUGCUUGUCUAUUAUAAACAACUGCUUGCCACAUCCUGGGUCAUCCUAAUUCAAUUUCAAGAAGAGCCUGUUCUAUCCCCAACCAAUUCAUGCCUUUGGGAUCUGAACAAUGAUAUUGAACACUGAACUAAUAUCUACUAAGAUCUGCUAGGAUAGAGAUGGAAUUCCUGCUAGUUCUAUGGCACAAGCUCUAUCCUGGGAUUCUAGAGUGGUUUUGUUAAUUACUAGCUACGUUAGACCAGGGUGUAAAUUGGCAUAUAAAAGCAGAUUGAGAUUGUACUUCAUAUACCUUUUUUCAAAUAUCCUUUUAUCAAUUACUGAAUUUCUAUUUUUACUUUUAUAAAGAACUUAUGCCUA